GUAAGUUUUAGAAGAAAUCAUGGUUGAUUCAAGAGGUUGUUCAAAUGAAGAUAUUCUCAUAACAGUAAAUGAACUUUUGGUUGGUUUUUUUAUCACUAAAUGAUAAGGAAAUAUGAAGUAAAUGCGGUUGGAGAAUUUGUUAUUGACCGUACAGUUAUAUUCGUUUAAUUUAUUAUUUACGAUUCUAAUCUCGAGGAAGGGGUCAAACUGAUCUUUCAAUCGGCAAAAUCAUCAUUUUAUUUAUACGUAAUCGAAUAGUGACAUUUAGUGGUUAGGCUUCGGAAUGUUUUUCUUCCUGAUAUUUGCUUAUCUCGUUGCAUUAAGUGUUGCUGGGAACGUGAAGCCACCAAGUAUUGUAAAUAAUUCACUUGUAGAAGACGAUGAAGAAUCAUACUACCCUUUUGAGAAUUGGUCUGAUCCUUUUGACUGGCAACUGUUGAAAGAAUUCGCUGAUCCCCAAUAUAAAAAUGUAAUUAUUUCCCCAAUAAGUUUGAAGAUUCUGCUAGGACUUCUUUAUGAAGGUUCUUCUGGCUCUACAGAGAAGGAAUUUCAGAAUGUACUGCAUUUUCCUGCAGACAAAAAGUUAGUAGGCGAAAACUUCAAUCAGAUCUUGGAGGCAUUACGGCCUGUUGAAAGGAAAGAAUAUGUUCUCAAUCUUGGGACAAGAAUUUUCAUGGAUUCCUCUAUAAGCCCUCAGCCCCAAUUUGCAGAAAGGGCUAAGCAAAACUACCAGACAGAUAUAAAACUUCUUGACUUCAACAACCGAACUACUUCCGCUUUUCACAUAAAUGACUGGGUGUCAAAUAUAACCAAUAGAAAGAUACCCUCUUUGGUAACUGAAGAUGAAUUAGAUAAAGAAAUAAUGCUACUUGUCAAUGCCUUGUAUUUCAAAGGUAGCUGGAGGCAUGAAUUUCCAAAAAAUCGUACAGAAAUUGGAGGUUUCUUCGUUUCAAAAACUGAUGUUGUGGAUGUGCCUUUGAUGAGGACGACAGAUAAAUUUUUCUACUUUGAGGCGACAAACCUCGAUGCCAAAAUUCUCAGACUACCUUACAAGGGCAAUAAAUACGCAAUGUUCAUUGUGCUGCCAAAUUCAAAGGGUGGACUUAACAACUUAUUGAAAAAAAUCAACUUGAAAAUCCUGAAGCAAAACUUGUACUAUAUGGAUUACGUUCCAGUCGAUGUAAUUUUACCGAAAUUCAGGUUCGAUUUCAAAGCUAAACUCACACGAAUUUUACGAGAGUUUGGUUUGCGACAAAUGUUCCAAAACACAGCUUCUUUCCCAGGAAUCGCUAAAGGAGAAACUAAUAAUUUAAGAAUGCUACAUGUUUCUGACAUUUUACAGAAAUCUGGAAUACAGUUCGAUGAGGAAGGUAGUACCGCUUUUGCAGCAACAGAUGUGCAAGUAAUCAACAAGUUUGGAGAAGUGGACAAUGUUUUCAACGCCACUCAUCCCUUCAUGUUCUUCAUUGAAGAACAAACGAGGGGAACAAUUCUCUUCGCUGGAAAAGUAGAGAACCCCCUACACUUGGAGACUAUAGCCAGCAGAGGAGGUGUUUCAGAAAGUGAAGAACCAAAAAAAGUUCUGAAUAGCAUUCCAUCUCAAGGACAAGACCUUAGUUUAGAACCGACAGAUUCCAGUGCGACCAGUACAAUCAUAAAAAGAUUCAAUUUUUUCGACUUGGAACUAUUGAAGGAGUUCAGUGAUUUAGAGGAAAAUGUUUUUGUGUCACCGGCAAGCAUAAAGACCACACUUUCCAUGAUACUUGAGGGUGCCAAGGGAAAAUGUGCUCAAGAAAUUGGAAAUGCACUCAGAAUUGCUGACAUCGAUCAUGCAGAGAUCAGAAAACAACUGGACAGGCUACUCAAAGACCUCAAUGAAAAUACAGCAAGCAACAAACUCACCACGGCAAACGCAGUAUUCAUAUCUAAUAAAUUGAAAAUUUUGUCAGAUUACCAAAUGAAAAUAGCUCAACAUUACAAUGCCAUCAUCAAACCUGUCAACUUCUCGAAUCCAUCCAAAGCUGCAGAUGAAAUAAACCAAUGGGUGAAUAAUGCCACUGAAGGAAACAUUCCAACAAUUAUCGGAGAUAACCUAUUUGAAGAGUCAACAUUAGUGAUUGCAAAUGCUUUAUAUUUCAAAGGGAAGUGGAAGAAAGCUUUCGAAUCUGAACAAACUGCAAUGAAAUGCUUCAAUGUUGCAAAUUCAGGAUGUAAAUUCGUACCAAUGAUGAGAAAAGCAGAUACCUUGAACUAUAACUUGAUACCGGAUCUAGAUGCCCAUGCUGUAGAUAUACCAUACGAGAAUGACAAGUACUCCAUGCUCCUUUUGAUACCAUCUUUAGGAACAAAUAUUAGAAUUCUAACAAGGGACAUGCAACAUGCACACUUUGAGAAUAUUGUAGAUUCUCUUAAGCCAACUGAAGUUAUUUUGGAGAUGCCUAAGUUUGAAAUUGAAAGCGAACUCAAUUUGAUUGACUAUUUAAAACCACUAAAAAUCAGAGCAAUUUUUGGACCCAUGGCUAAUCUGACAGGUAUCGUCAAUUCCAAUGUGAGGAUAGGAAAUAUAGUUCACAAAGCCAAGGUACAAGUGACAGAAGAAGGAACAAAAGCUGCAGCUGCAACAACAGCUAUGGUGAUUCCUCUAAUGGGCGACACCUCCUUGAAAUUAUCUGCUGAUAAGCCCUUUAUAUUCUUCAUUUAUCAAAAAGAAUCAAAGAAUAUAAUAUUUGAAGGAAUAGUUCAUGAUCCAAAAUUUUCGGAUAAUGUACCUCAACGAGAAGCAAAUGAAGCGAAAACUUUCAAAUCAGUUCCCAUCUUCAGAAGUCGAAAUACAUGGGAUCCAUCAAAGUCUAGAAAGACUGUUCGUUAUUCAUAUCGAUGAAGAUUCAUUUAUAGAUCUGAAUAUCGAAGGUAGCCCUAAAGUAUAUUUUAUAUUGGUUCUUAUUUUUUUGAUGUUUGUACAAUGAAUUAAUAAAUCUACAUUUCUACAUAA